CCAUACAUUUCCAAACCAGCGUCUCUCAGUUUCUUCUUUCUCGUCUUCGUAGCUGCAACGACUGAGUUUUUUCCUAUCUAGCCGAAGAGAGAGAGAGUCGCCGUUCACCGAUCCUUUCUCCGAUCUUCUUCUCCCUAAGGGUUUUGCAAACUUGGUAUAGUAUGGGCGACUUUUCGAUUCAGAUCAGUUCAAAGCUGAUCAAUCAGCUAGCUGAAGGUAACGAUCAACCAAAGAGGAAGGCGAAGAAAACCAAACCCAAAGUGUCACCACAGAGGAAGGUGGAACAAGAAGCGAAAACACACCACCACGAUGCAGAGAAGCCGAAUCCAAUGGCGGAGUUACCAAUGCAGCCACCGUUUUUCUUCCCAAUACCGCAACAAGCAGCAGCAGCAGCAGCAAGCGCGGAGUUGCAGUUGAUAAAGUCUGUUUCGAAAGAGAGUGAGAAGGUUCUUGAGAAGCUGGAGAAAGUAGAGAAGAACCUUGUUCAUGAAGUGACAGAGAGAGCCAAGGAGCUGAGGGAGAAAGAGUAUAAGAUCCCUGAACCGAAACCAAUGCCUUGUUCUGAAGAUCACGAAGCGUGGAUGAAAUGCUACAAAGAGAACAUUGAUAACCCGCUGAAAUGUAGCGGUUUGGUUAUGAGUUACCAGGAGUGCGCACGCCGGUGCAGACAGCAAGUGAAUCCUGAGGAAAAGUAGAGAUAAUAAGAUUGGUAAAGACUUUUUUUUUUGUGAUAAGAAGGGGAGAGUUUCUGUUUUUUUUUUGCUUUCUGAGAUCUUAUGAAUGAUACAGGAAAAUGAGAAUUGAUUCCUUUGUUAUUACUUGAAAGCAAACGGAAAAAAUAAUUAGAAUCUGUGAUUAUGUUCAUAAGAUCAAACUUUCAGAAUUGA